AUGAAACGGCCGCUUGUUGUCACCAUCCCAUCUGGCGGGGUGACAACGCAGGAGAGCAGCUGGGGAAUAUUUCCAGCCAGCAUCAUUCACCUGAAGAAGGCGACGGUCAGCAACCGGGGGCAGUAUGAGACGGUGGUUCCGGUGGAAGACCCCCUGGUCACAGAGGUGACGUCUACGCUGCAAGAAUGGGCCUCACUAUGGAAGCAGCUCUAUGUGAAACACAAGGUCGACCUCUUCUACAAGCUGCGCCAUGUCAUGAACGAGGUGAUUGACCUGCGCAGGCAGCUGCUGUCGGGUCACCUGACUCAGGACCAACUACGAGAGGUCAAGCGACACCUUACCGUCCGACUGGACUGGGGCAAUGAGCACCUUGGUCUGGACUUAGUGCCCCGUAAGGAGUUUGAAGUGGUCGAUUCUGACCAGAUCAGCGUCUCCGACUUAUACAAGAUGCAUCUGUCAAGCCGACACAGCGUCCAGCAGAGCACCAAUCAGGCGGACACCCUGCGGCAGCGUCACAAGGAGCCCCGCGCCCCGGUGCCUCACCACCUGCUCCUCAACCUGAAGAGCUUCACACACAGCAACAUCGGGGAGGACGUGGACCUGUUCUUCUCGCUGUACGACAUGAGGGAAGCCCGUCAGAUCAGCGAGAGGUUUAUGGUGAGACUGAACAAGAACGGCGGGCCGAGGAACCCCGACAAGCCGGAGAGGCUCUCAGCGCUGUUCACGGACCUCAGCAGCAGAGAUGUGAAGCGGGACCUCCACCUUGUCGUCCAUGUCAUCAGGAUAGGCCGCAUGCUGUUAAACGACUCCCGGAAGGGCCCCGCGCACAUCCACUACCGGCGGCCCUACGGCUGCGCCGUCCUGGGCCUCGGGGAGGUGCUGCCGGCGCUGUGCGAGCAACGAGACGAGAAGGAUUUUGUCCUGAAGGUUUACACGUGUAACAAUGAGAACGAAUGGUUCCAGGUCCAUGAGAACAUCAUCCGUAAAACCAGCACCAAAUACUCCACGCCGAGCUCCAACUACGGGCUCAUCGUGUCUCUACAGCUCCUGCGGGGGGACAUGGAGCAGAUCAGACGGGAGAACCAAAUUCUGUUUAACAGAGGCGCAGCCGUCACCCGCAAGCUGGGCUUUCCUGACGUCAUCAUGCCAGGGGACAUCCGCAAUGACCUCUAUGUGACGCUGGAGAAGGGCGAGUUUGAGAGAGGAGGGAAAAGCGUACAGAAAAACAUUGAAGUCACUAUGCACGUCCUGUACGCAGACGGCGAGAGCCUGAGGGACUGCGUCAGUCUGGGUACCGGGGAGCCGCCGCGGACGCAGUAUCAUUCCUUUGUCCUCUACCACAACAACAGCCCGCGGUGGGGGGAGCUGAUCAAGCUGCCCAUCCCUAUCGAUCGGUUCCGGGGUUCCCAUCUGCGCUUCGAGUUCAGGCACUGCUCCACAAAAGACAAAGGCGAGAAGAAGCUCUUUGGAUUCUCCUUCACUCCCCUGAUGAGAGAUGACGGGACGACGCUGUCGGACAAUAUCCACGAUCUCUACGUCUACAAGUGCGAUGAGAACAGCACCUUCAACAACCAUGCACUGUACCUGGGCCUGCCGUGCUGCAAAGACGACACCAGCGGCUGCCCCAACAUCCCUUCCAGCCUCAUCUUCCAGCGCAGCCCCAAAGAGACCUUCUGUAUCUCCACCCAGCUCUCCUCCACCAAGCUCACCCAGAAUGUUGACCUCCUGGCUCUCUUGAAGUGGAAGGUCUACCCGGACCGGCUACUGGACAUUCUGGGCCGCCUGCGCCAUGUGAGCGGGGAGGAGAUUGUUAAGUUCCUGCAGGACAUCUUGGACACGCUGUUUGUUAUCCUCGACGACAACACAGAGAAGUACGGCCUGCUCGUCUUCCAGUCGCUGGUCUUCAUCAUCAACCUCUUGCGGGACAAUAAAUAUUACCAUUUCCGCCCAGUGCUGGACACCUACAUCCAGAAACACUUCGCUGGUGCUCUGGCCUACAGGGAACUGAUCCGCUGCCUGAAGUGGUACAUGGAGCGAUCGGCCGACCUCGUGCGGCAGGACCACAUCCAGGAAGCCAUGAGGGCUUUGGAAAUCCUCUUCAAGUUCAUCGUCCAGUCUCGCCUGCUCUUUGCUCGGUCCACCGGAGGCCUGGAGGAAGAGCAGUUCCGCUGCAGCAUCCACGACCUCUUCCAGUCCAUGCGUUUUGUGCUGAGCCUGGACACACGUAGCUCUGACACCCUCCUCUUCACACAGGCCGCCCUGCUCAGCUCCUUCCCCGCCAUCUUCGAGGAGUUGCUGCCCAUGUUCUCGGUGACGGAGGUGGCGGAGUUCGUUCGUGGAACCCUCAGCAGUCUCCCGAGCACGCUGCACCUGGGGCAGUCCAUGGAUGUGGUCAAGCUGCAGUCCAUCGGCCGCACCGUCGACUGUCGCCUCUUCUCCUUCCCAGGUGAGGAACGGAUUCUGCUGCCGGUGGUGCUGCAUCACAUCCACCUUUACCUGAGCAAACAGAAGGAGCUGCUGGUCUGUUCGGGAAUUCUCAGCAGCAUCUUCUCCAUCAUCAAGAGCAGCUCAGCGGAGGUCGAUGUGGGCGAGGAGGUCCAGAUGCUGCAGGAAAGUCUGCUGGACGUCCUCCUUCAGACGCUGCUCAUCAUCAUGAGUAAAUCUCAGUCGCAGGAGGCGGUAAGAGGCCAACGCUGCCCCCAGUGCACCGCCGAGAUCACCGGGGAGUACGUCUCCUGCCUGCUGUCUCUUCUGCGACUGAUGUCAGAUACUCAUUACCAGCACCUACUGCACAACUUCCAGAGCAAGGAGGAGCUGAAGGAAUUCCUGCUGAAGAUUUUCUGCGUCUUUCGUAACCUGCUGAAGUUGAGCGUCUUCCCGCCAGACUGGACCGUCAUGAGGCUGUUGGCCAGCAACAUCAUUGUGACGACUGUCCAGUACGUGUCCCCUGCUGUACACAAGAACUUCGGGGAAGGAGACUUUGAUUUUAAGGUGUGGAACUCGUACUUCAGUCUGGCCGUUCUUUUCAUCAAUCAGCCCAGUCUACAGCUGGAAAACUUUGCAGCGGGAAAAAGGAGACGCAUUCUGGACAAGUACGGCGAUAUGCGAGUUAUGAUGACCUACGAGCUCUUCAACAUGUGGCAGAACCUGGGAGAACACAAAUAUCACUUCAUCCCGGGGAUGAUCGGCCCCUUCCUGGGCGUAUCGCUCGUCCCGCAGCCGGAGGUGCGCAAUAUCAUGAUCCCCAUUUUCCACGACAUGAUGGACUGCGAGCAGCGGCGGAACGGCAAUUUCAAGCAGGUGGAAGCCGAGCUGAUCGAUAAACUGGACACGCUGGUCUCGGAGGGGAAAGGCGAUGAGAACUAUCGGGAACUUUUCAGCCUUCUCUCGCAGCUGUUUGGUCCGUAUCCCAGUUUGCUGGAGAAGAUUGAGCAGGAGACGUGGAGAGAGCCGGGAGCCUCGUUUGUGACCUCGGUGACGCGUCUCAUGGAAAGACUGUUGGAUUACAGGGACUGUAUGAAGGGGGAGGAGGCCGAGAAUAAGAAGGUCGGUUGUACAAUGAAUCUGAUGAAUUUCUACAAAUCGGAGAUUAAUAAAGAAGAGAUGUACAUCCGAUAUAUCCAUAAGCUGUGUGACCUUCACCUACAGGCGGAGAGCUACACAGGUAUACAUUACUUGCUGAUCCUGUACUGGGAGAUGCUGCAGUGGGAAGAUCGCUCCCUGCGCGAGUUCCUCCAUUACCCGGCCCAGAGCGAAUGGCAUCGCAAAGAGAGCCUGAGCCGCAAAAUCAUCCACUACUACAACAAGGGCAAGUGCUGGGAAUAUGCGAUCCCUCUGUGCCGGGAGCUGGCGGCUCAGUAUGAGAAGCUCUAUGACUAUCAGAGCCUCAGCUGGAUAUUGAAAAUGGAGGCCUCGUAUUAUGACCACAUCAUGGACCAGCAGCGGCUUGAGCCGGAGUUUUUCAGAGUCGGAUUUUAUGGGAAGAAGUUUCCAUUCUUUUUACGGAAUAAAGAGUUUGUGUGCCGAGGUCACGACUACGAGCGGCUGGAGGCCUUUCAGCAGCGGAUGCUGAGCGAGUUCCCGCAAGCCAUCGCAAUGCAGCAUCUCAACCAUCCCGACGACACCAUACUGCAGAGUGACGCGCAGUACCUGCAAAUCUAUGCGGUGACACCUCUCCCGGACACUCCGAAAGUCCUCAAUAUGGAUCAUGUCCCGGAGAGGAUAAAGAGCUUCUACAGAGUAAACAAUGUCCGGAGAUUCCGGUACGACCGACCAUUCCACCGGGGGACACGGGAUAAAGAUAACGAGUUCAAGAGUCUCUGGGUAGAGCGCAGCACUCUCACGCUGUCUCACAGUCUCCCGGGAAUCUCCUGCUGGUUUGAAGUACAGAAGAGAGAGCUGGUGGAGGUCAGCCCGCUGGAGAACGCCAUUCAGGUUCUGGCCAACAAGACGCAGGAGCUGCGGGCGCUGAUCACUCAGUAUCAGCACCACAAUCUCCAUGGCAACAUCAACCUUCUCAGCAUGUGUCUGAACGGCGUCAUCGAUGCCGCGGUGAAUGGAGGAAUCACCCGAUACCAGGAGGCAUUCUUUGAUAAGGAAUACAUCACCCAACAUCCGGAAGAUGCGGAUAAGAUCGGCCAGCUGAAGGAACUCAUGCAGGAGCAGGUACACGUGUUGGGGGUGGGGCUGGCGGUACACGAGCGUUGCGUACACCCCGAGAUGCGGCCGCUGCACAAGAAGCUGGUAGACCAGUUCCAGGUCAUGCGCUCCAGUCUGUACCAGGAGUUCCCCACACUGGAGAAGCUGAAUCCGUCGUGUGCGCCGCUGCCUCGCGGAAACAUCCUGUUAUCACACGGAGCGCUAAACAACGACAGCCUGAGACUCCUCCACAGACACAGCCCUCUAGUGGUCCUUGGCUCCGUGCGACAUUCAUCCUCCUCGCUCUCAUCUCACGCCUCCAGCGACACCGGGACCACUCCCACCGCUGUGGACAGCGAGAACGAGGAUCCCUACUCUAUGCAGAUGCUGCUUCCCCACUCCCUCCACGCCGGAUCCAUCACUAACGUUUCCGCGUUAUCCUCAUCCUACACAAGCCCCUCCUCCUCCAGCCUCAGCUCCACCCAUUCAGCACCAUCUCAACUUAUCAACUCCGCCCCCUCCAGCACACGAGGUUCUCCCUCCCUCCCCGAUAAGUACAGACAUUCGCGAGAUUUGGUGAUGCUGCUUCCGGCACCUCGGGACCGGCCCAGUAGCGCCAUGUAUCAAACCGGCGCAGACAACGCACAGCGCUGCGUCUACCCCCGGGCUCUGUUCCAGCAAGUCCUCGGCCCAUGCAAGCCUUGCAGCGACCCCAACCUCUCUGUGGCAGAGAAAGGCCAUUACUCUCUGCACUUUGAUGCGUUUCAUCCCUCUCUUGGGGACGGAGCUCCUGCAUUACCCACCAGAUCCCUGCGCAAGAGCCCUCUGCACACCAUUCCCGCCUCGCCCACCAGCCCGCAGUCCUGCUUGGAUGGCAGCAACUCACCCCUCUCGGGCAGCGCCAGCAGCGGCGUCUCCUCGCUGAGUGAAGGAAACUUCUCCGUCUGUCCCGAUGCUGCGACCAGCGCAGAUUCCCGGCCGGAGGAAGAGCAGAGCGCAUGUUUCCAGCACUACCCUCCCGUCCGGUACAGCCUCUCCGACCCCAACGGGCUGGAGACACCCAAGACCCAACCGUGCCGGAGCCACUCCGCCCCCACCGGGGUGACGCCUCCGCGCUCGCCCAGCGGGGAUCAGGAGGAGGGAAACCUGGAGCAGGAGCGGCUGCGGAGGAUCCGAAGGAACUGCCACAUGGGCAAAGAACCGCCGGCACGGGUCGGGUGGGAGCACAACAUGGGAAAACCAUAAGCCGGGACUGAACCGGAGGAGACUGGGGGCAACUGGAGGAGGAGGGGCAGUCUGUGUAUAAAGAGCAAGGCAAGACUAGUGUGUCCUGAUAUCUGUGUAUUAGGAGAGGAGAGGUCGGGGGGUCCUGUGUAUUAGGAGAGGUCGGGGGGCCCCUGUGUAUUAGGAGAGGUCGGGGGGCCCCUGUGUAUUAGGAGAGGUCGGGGGGCCCCUGUGUAUUAGGAGAGGUCGGGGGGCCCCUGUGUAUUAGGAGAGGUCGGGGGGCCCCUGUGUAUUAGGAGAGGUCGGGGGGCCCCUGUGUAUUAGGAGAGGUCGGGGGGCCCCUGUGUAUUAGGAGAGGUCGGGGGGCCCCUGUGUAUUAGGAGAGGUCGGGGGGCCCCUGUGUAUUAGGAGAGGUCGGGGGGCCCCUGUGUAUUAGGAGAGGUCGGGGGGCCCCUGUGUAUUAGGAGAGGUCGGGGGGCCCCUGUGUAUUAGGAGAGGUCGGGGGGCCCCUGUGUAUUAGGAGAGGUCGGGGGGCCCCUGUGUAUUAGGAGAGGUCGGGGGGCCCCUGUGUAUUAGGAGAGGUCGGGGGGCCCCUGUGUAUUAGGAGAGGUCGGGGGGCCCCUGUGUAUUAGGAGAGGUCGGGGGGCCCCUGUGUAUUAGGAGAGGUCGGGGGGCCCCUGUGUAUUAGGAGAGGUCGGGGGGCCCCUGUGUAUUAGGAGAGGUCGGGGGGCCCCUGUGUAUUAGGAGAGGUCGGGGGGCCCCUGUGUAUUAGGAGAGGUCGGGGGGCCCCUGUGUAUUAGGAGAGGUCGGGGGGCCCCUGUGUAUUAGGAGAGGUCGGGGGGCCCCUGUGUAUUAGGAGAGGUCGGGGGGCCCCUGUGUAUUAGGAGAGGUCGGGGGGCCCCUGUGUAUUAGGAGAGGUCGGGGGGCCCCUGUGUAUUAGGAGAGGUCGGGGGGCCCCUGUGUAUUAGGAGAGGUCGGGGGGCCCCUGUGUAUUAGGAGAGGUCGGGGGGCCCCUGUGUAUUAGGAGAGGUCGGGGGGCCCCUGUGUAUUAGGAGAGGUCGGGGGGCCCCUGUGUAUUAGGAGAGGUCGGGGGGCCCCUGUGUAUUAGGAGAGGUCGGGGGGCCCCUGUGUAUUAGGAGAGGUCGGGGGGCCCCUGUGUAUUAGGAGAGGUCGGGGGGCCCCUGUGUAUUAGGAGAGGUCGGGGGGCCCCUGUGUAUUAGGAGAGGUCGGGGGGCCCCUGUGUAUUAGGAGAGGUCGGGGGGCCCCUGUGUAUUAGGAGAGGUCGGGGGGCCCCUGUGUAUUAGGAGAGGUCGGGGGGCCCCUGUGUAUUAGGAGAGGUCGGGGGGCCCCUGUGUAUUAGGAGAGGUCGGGGGGCCCCUGUGUAUUAGGAGAGGUCGGGGGGCCCCUGUGUAUUAGGAGAGGUCGGGGGGCCCCUGUGUAUUAGGAGAGGUCGGGGGGCCCCUGUGUAUUAGGAGAGGU